AUGUCGACGGGAUGCGAAUUUCCGACGAUUAAAACCUUCGAGAGUGCUCCUUCUGCCGCCGACUUUGAGUCCACCGUCGAGCUCACCAACUUCCCUGCAGUUUUCCGAGGAUGUGCUAGUGACUGGGACGCCUUUUUUAAAUGGAAUCCAUUCAACAAUGGCCUCGAUUAUCUUGAGCAACGUGCCGGUUCAAUUGAAGUGGAGGCUAUGCUUUCAAGGACUGCUCCGGUUUUCAAUGGUGAUAUCAGAAGCCAUGAGAGGGUAUCAUUGCCCUUCUCGGAUUUUGUCGGAUUCUGCAAGCAGCAUUUGAGAAGCAAAAGGAAUGGUUCCGUUGUUGAGGCUAAGUCUUCAUGUUUAACUCCUAUGCCUAAUUGCCCGAUGCCUGAGGAGGACCAUGUACCUGGACAAAUAUACCUAGCACAGUUUCCAAUUCUGAAUGAUGAGAAAGAAAACAAGGUUCAACUCAAGAUUUUGAGACAAGACAUUCAGAUGCCCACACUUUUAGGGGGGAAGUCACUGUCUUCUAUCAACUUUUGGAUGAAUUCUGCAGAAGCUCGAUCGAGUACCCACUAUGAUCCACAUCAUAACCUCUUAUGCGUAGUCUCAGGGUGUAAAAAAGUUGUCUUGUGGCCCCCUUCCGCCAGCCCCUCACUCUAUCCAAUGCCUAUAUAUGGAGAAGCGUCAAAUCAUAGUUCGGUUGGUCUAGAAAAUCUGAAUUUAUCAGAUUAUCCAAGAGCAGAGCAUUCCCUCAAGCAGUCACAGGAGGUUACUCUUAACGCUGGUGAUGCAGUAUUCAUUCCUGAAGGUUGGUUCCAUCAGGUGGAUAGUGAUGAGCUGACUAUUGCUGUCAACUUUUGGUGGCAAUCAAACAUUAUGUCUAACUUGGCUGAACAUAUGGAUUCAUAUUAUCUGCGCCGAAUUACAAGAAGAUUGAUAGACAGAGAAAUGAGCCUUUUAGUUUCAAAGCCUUCUUCAACUGAUUUGAAGCAACUGUCUGAGCGUAUUGACCAAUCUCACACUUGGCAGGCAGAAGGUGUGAAUGAUAUUUCAAGCAAUGAAAGCACUAAAAAAGGGCUCGGAUCAUUACAAGAAAGAACGUCACUGCAGGAUCUAGAACCUUCUGCUUGCCAGGCACUUCAUGAGCUUAUUUCUUUAGUCCAUGACCAUGUUAAUGCCGUUGAUAUAAGUAAGGGACUGCAGCACACUUCCCCCAGUUUCUCAGACCCAGCUUCAGAGAGUGGCAAUAGCAAGAUCCUAGUGAAUGUGUCGUCUUGUUUAGAAGACGAUCAUUUUGCCCAUAUGCUUUGGAAUCUUGAAGCAUCUAGACUUCGGGAUGUUCUCCUUGCAAUGGCACGGUAUUUCCCAAGAACCUUAGAAGCGUUAAUUCUCCACAUGCUCUCACCUGUUGCUGCGGAAGUCCUAACACAGAAGUUUGAUGAGAUUGACCAAGAGACGGGUGAAGAAGAUAGGAACCAAUUCUAUCGGGAAUUUUAUGGUGCCUUCGAUGAUGAAUCAGCAGCGAUGGAUAUUAUAUUAAGUAGGAAAGAGGCUUUUGCAUUUCAGGCUUUUAAGAAUGUACUAGACAAGCAUUUGGGGGUCAACAUUGCUUCACCAACGACAAACAAUUGA